UCAUAGAUUGAUAGCGUGCAAACACAGGGAGAGAGCAUUUCAUUCAUGAGAAAUUGCUACGCCUCCAAACUCUUCACCUCCAGGAUGCUGCCAGCGUGCCAUGGGCUGUGCAGAGGAUGACGGGCGACGCUUCACCCCGGAUCUAUGGAUGCUGGUGCUGUCUCAUCUGAUAUUCCUGAAAGCAGCAAGCUCCUCUAUUCCACAUCCUCAGGCUGGAUUUGUACCCACUGCCAUCUGAUCCUCUUUUCUAGAUCAUUCAGCUUCUCAUAUAUAAAAGAAAAACAUCAAAUUUUUUAUAUAUCGUUGCAUCGAUUUUACUUUUCUGUAAAUGUAAUAUUUUUUUUUUUUUCUUACAUUUUGAUAUGUAACUUAAUAUUCCAAGAUGAGCGUUCCAUGGAUAUGAUGGUUGUGUAAUAAGCGUUCUACUUUUUACAGAUGAAGACCCUAGGAAGGCUAUGAGAGAUCCCAGAAAGCCAAGCGGGCAAAUACAGCGCAAAUCUUUCUUGAGAUACCCAGUGAUGCUUCAGAGGGCGAAAUACAGUCGUUUCCGGAAUGACUCUUUAACAUCGACGGAAGAAUGUGCACAGAACCCCCCUCUCAAUGCCAAAGGAUGUGCCAAUUCCCAUGCAGCUGCUACUUCCUUCUUACCGGUUGAAAGCCUCACGCUGGUGACCCCGGGCAGUGCCACCACACUAUGCACUUUGAUACCCAAAAUGUCCCAUUUUAAACUCCCCGGCUCGGGCAGCCUAAUGAGGCUGAGACACUUUUCUCUGGGUACAAAAGAGGUGCCCAGAUUAAAACUGAACGAUGCCCACGGAGAUCAGAGGAGCCCGACGGCCACAGAGAUCACUUUCAACAGCUACGUGCGCCCUUCUCAAGUCAAGCAGGAUGUGGACGCAAAUGCAAAUCCCCCGGAGGACUGCAUCCUGCCAGAGACCGAGAAAUCUGCACCUGAGCAGAACAUCAGCCACACCAAACAUGUCAACAUGGGACCCGUACUCUGCUACUGCGUCAAAUACAUGGGUUGUAUUGAAGUGCUGCAGUCCAUGAGAUCCCUUGAUUUUGGAACAAGAACUCAAGUUACAAGGGAAGCAAUAAGUCGCCUCUGUGAAGCUGUGCCCUGUGCCAAAGGAGCUGCAAGAAAACGAAAGCCUCCUCUGAAGUUUCUGUCGUCUGUUCUGGGGAAGAGCAACCUCCAGUUUUCAGGGAUCAAUGUCAAGUUGACCAUCUCUACAAACAGCCUUACCCUGACAGAUAUUGACACUCAGCAGAUAGUUGCUAACCAUCAUAUGCAGUCAAUAUCAUUUGCCUCUGGUGGUGAUCCUGACACCACUGAUUAUGUUGCUUAUGUAGCCAAGGAUCCAGUGAACCAAAGAGCAUGCCACAUUUUAGAGUGCCCAAACAGCAAAGCCCAAGAAGUGAUCAACACUAUUGGACAAGCAUUUGAACUGCGUUUUAAACAGUUUUUGAAAAGUCCAUCCUUCAAAGAUGAGAGUGAACUGUUAAGCCCUCAUAACGUGGCAGUAGAAGAAAAGGAAGGCCAUGAAUACUAUAAUGAGUUACCAGGAAAGGAGCCCCCUACUGGUGGGGUACUUGACAAAAAAAUGAGGGUUGAAACAGGAGGAUUCAGCCUUGACUGUGAUAAGCAAAACCCCAAGGUGGAUUACAAGAAAAGUGCCAACAUAUAUGAAAACUGCCUAGAGAACCAGAAGACUCUAGGUCUUUCUAAUCAGGAUGGAGAAGUGUCAGCAGGUCGGGAAGAACUAUUCGAUGAUCCCUCUUACAUAAACACAGUGCCAAAAACACAAAGUCCAGAUAAGACUCCGCUUUCCAGGAAUGCCAAUAUAACUUCAGAUCUCGGAUCCCCUUGUGAAAGUGGAAAUCCACCUAUCAGCAGCUCCAUACAGAGAGAAGAGUGGUUUCAUGGCAGAAUGAAUCGGAAGGUAGCAGAGAACCUUCUCCUUCAUGAUGGAGAUUUUCUGGUUCGAGAGAGUACUACUUCCAUUGGUCAAUAUGUAUUAAGUGGAUUACAUGACGGACACCCGAAACAUCUGUUACUGGUGGACCCAGAGGGAAAGGUGAGGACUAAAGAUCAUGUCUUUGAAAAUGUGAGUCACCUAAUUAAGCACCACGUUGAAAAUGAAUUACCUAUUAUAUCAUCUGGAAGUGAACUUUGUCUGCGGAAGCCAGUGAAAAGGCAGGAAAAAUUGAAAUCCCAAUUAGAAUGAAAGAUAUUUUACCGCAUGCGUAAGAUAUGCCCAAGAAAGUGAACGUCUGGGACAAUGUGUCAUUUUUGUGUAUACAAUGCUUGCUGGACCUGUAUAAAUUACAGACAUACAUAAUAAAUACAUGAUUAAGGCUACAAAGGUUUUUCCUUUUAUAUGUAAAUGUGAUUUUCCAUUCUGGAAGUCUCUCAAAGAACUUUUGCCAUAAAAGCUGUCAGUAUUCAAUAGAAAAAUCUACAUGCAAAUACUUGAAAGCACAACCCUCACUAAUUGUACAUUAGAGUCAGCCAGAGUGAAUGCUACGUGCCUUGGAAUGACAUUUCCUAGCAGGGUCUAUGUUUUAUGUCGGUGUAAGGACUGUCACUUCCCUUGUCAGUAUUCCGUACCGGCCUAUUAAUGGGCCAUACAAAAAGUCAAUGUUAUGUAAUGGAAAAUAUUUGAAGCAGGUGUUCUACAUUUGGGAUGUACAUACAUUUUUACCAGCUGUAAAGUUCAUCUUAAAAUGUACUGCAAAUAUAUAUAUAUAUUUUAUUAACAGUAGUAUUUUUGUUUGAUAAUGAAUAGAGACAUAUAUGUGCCAUUGUAAUAUAUUACAGAGAUGUUUUAUUUUAAAGAAUCGAAUAUCAUUUGUCCUCAUUAAUCAUGUGCCAUAUAAGCAUCAGCCACACUCCUGGGACAUUCUAUGUCAUAUGGGACCAGGUUGGUUCUGUCUGUAUUGUUUUUAUUUUAAUUAUUACUUCUAAACCUAAGCAAUAUGGUUGCCCUUUUAUGUUGGGUGUACAUGUGAUGAUACAAUCGAUUAAUGUAAUCAUUGUUUUUAAAUAAAGAAUAGUUCAAUAGUUUCA